UUUGAUCAAAUAAAUCUCUGAGAAGAUCUGGUGCAGAGUCAGAGAAGGUUAUUUAAUGAAGGGGAGUUGUUCAAAGUAAUACAAAAUACAAACAAAGACUUGACUUGGUAUGAACAGACUUGAACAGACUUGACACGGCAUGAAAAGACUUGACUCAGCAUUAACAGACUUGAUUUGGUAUGAACAGACUUGACUCGGUUUGAACAGACUUGUCUUGGCAUGAACAGACUUGAACAGACUUGACUCGGCAUGAACAGACUUGAUUUGGUAUGAACAGACUUGACUCGGUAUGAACAGACUUGAACAGACUUUUCUUGGCAUGAACAGACUUGAACAGACUUGUCUUGGCAUGAACAGACUUGAAUAGACUGAACAAACUUGACUCGGCAUGAACAGGCUUGAACAGACUUGACUUGGUAUGAACAGACUUGAUUCGGUAUGAACAGGCCUGACAUGAACAGAAUCAUAAUAUCAAAAUAAAAGAGCAGAAAACCUAAACAAGAAGCAAAACCCAAACCCCAUGUUACAGGUUACAACAUAAUCCAGCAUUCUACAUUAAAUUAUUAUUAUAUGAUAUCAAGAUACAUAAUGCAUAUGGCAUAGUUGUGUUAGUAGUUUGCACUUUACAACAACACUGUUCCUCAUCCAAGCUUUUGUAGUUUCGAGACUACUGUAAUGUUCUACUGAUGGGACUCCCAAUUGUGGCCAGGAUCAAAUAAUAAUUUUUGCAGCUGACUUUUAGGACAACUACUGAAACAGCCACUCCAUACUUCUUUCACUUUUUCACACUAAAGAACUGAGACCUGGAUACCCUAAAUGAGCAGUUAUAAUCAAACAUCUUACUGGUAUUUCUUUUUAUUUUUUAUUUAAUUAAUUUUAUUUUUUUAAUGUAUGGUGUGGCUAAGUAAUAUAAAUGUGUCUGCUUAGUCAGAAAAGGUUAUCCUUGACCAUGUUCCCACAGGUUCUCAUUCGCUGAUGGUUUUUGCCACAUACAUUGCUGGACAGACACAGUUUCCUGAGUUCACUCUUGUGCUGAUGCUAGAUGAUGUGGAAGUGAUGUACUAUGACUCAGUAUCUUUGAAAGCUGUCCACCGCAGUCAGAGUAAUUCAAGUGAUGACAAUGCGGGUAGUAUAUUCAGUGAUAUAUAUGACAUCAUGAAAGAUCGAACAUUUUAUCUUAAGGACCACCAUAAUUGCACAGAUGGUUUGCAUGUUUAUCAGAAACGUGUUGGAUGUGAAUUGCUUGACAAUGAUCUGCCAGGUUUGUUUCUUUCAUUGGAUGCUUUUAAUGGACAAAAUACUGAAGAGUUCACCUUUGAUGUGGUAAAAAGAACUAUGCAAAUUAAUUUACCAUGGAUGAGAAUAAAAGGCAUGGGUCAGGUGGAAUGGAUUCAUGUGAAGUUUCUGUAUGAACAUAUUUAUCACCCUGUUUGCAUGAAGACUUUGCGGGCAUUCCUGGAAAAAGAAAAGAACACUGUGAUGCGAAGAUUGAAACCCAAGGUCAGACUCUUUAGAAAGCCUCUUACAGACUCUCAAGGGCUUCAGAUCAGCUGUCUGGCCACUGGUUUUUACCCCCGUCACAUUAACCUGACCCUGUUCAGAGAUGGUCAGCCUGUGGAUGAUGAUCAGAUCACAGGAGGAGAGAUUCUGCCCAAUGGAGACGGAACGUACCAGAUGAGGAAGAGUUUAGUGAUCAAUGAAGAAGAGCAACAUGACACAUAUUACAAAUGCACAGCAAACUACCUAGACCUGGACAACAAACUGGACAUUGCUUUUGGUAAAGAAAACUAG